AAGCGCUAUUGAAAAAAAGUAUUCGGCGGAAUCCACCCAAACAGUACAGAUUCUGGCAGCAUCAUGGCGGCCAUACCAGCGCCUGAUUUGGAACUGAAAAAAGCUUUCCAGGAGUUGCAAAGCAAGAUGGUGGAUACGCAACGAAAGCUACGGCUGGCAGAUAUGCAGAUAGAAUCGCAUUAUAUCUCCAUUCGGAAAAGCAAUAUUGCCAAUUCAGUCAUCUCUAGUUACCCGGCAGAUACGCGGAUGUAUGAUUCAGUUGGACGAAUGUUUUUGCUUAGCAACAAGAAAGCGGCCAAGGCUAAAUUAGAAGCGCGAAAUAAAGCCGCCGAAGACCGAAUCAAUCAACUCGUGUUUAAUAAAACCUAUCUAGAAUCGGAGCUCAGGGAGAGUAAGGACAAUUUACGUGAACUGGUUGCUACAAAGAAAGCUGCUGCUUAAAUAUAAAAUUAUGUACUACCGACAUAUAAGAAUCUUGUAAAAGGUCCACGCUAAACCUCUAUCUAUCUCGCAACUAGUCUGUAUAACUUAUAAUUGUAUAAUUCUACCUAUCGAGCUACGAAUGAAACUGAUGCUAAUAAAAUGACUCGAAGUGUGUGUGAAAGAAAGAAACGUACUGAACAAUUUCUAUUCUGGUAAUUUGAGCUGUAUUUCAAAACAAUUGUCGGAUGUAAAAUGGCUGACUUUCGCGAAUUUGAAAGUCUUAUCGUGUAAUGCGUAUGCGUCUCUGAAGUAUGGUAGCUACACUAAAUUUCUGCUGAUCUUUUUGCAAUAGUCGUGAGGACCAGCACCCUUACUUAAGUCCGACUAUCGGUAGGCAUAUAGCAGACAAGUGUUCAACUUAAUUUUUCGUUUGGUAGUUCAGUCGGAAGGUAGCAUUAUCACAGCAAUAUCAUUCUCAAAAAUUAGUACCUAUGUGAAUGGAUGCACUCCGAUAUGUACUUUUUAGUUAUUUUCAUAAUUGAAAGGUGCCGCAUCAUC